GGCCACUAAAUAGUAUCACAUCAUCACUCACAAAGUCACAACUCAGAAUCGACCAUGGCGAUGCAGAGACAAAUCCUCAAGAGAACGGCAGAUGGAGCCAGAGCAAAGCUCAGCUUCUACGGUUGCGCUUCUUUCUCUACGGUUCCAUCUUCCAAGGCGGCUGCCGCCGUCACGCCGCCACAACUCCCGCCGUUCGAUUAUCAGCCGAAGCCUUACAAUGGUCCUCUGGCCGAUGAAAUAUUUGAGAAGCGCAAGAAGUUCUUGGGCCCUUCCCUCUUCUACCACUUUCAAAAGCCACUGAAUAUUGUAGAAGGAAAGAUGCAGUAUCUGUUUGAUGAGUCUGGGAAGCGGUAUCUGGAUGCUUUCGCUGGGAUUGUUACGGUGUCCUGCGGGCAUUGCCACCCUGACAUCUUGAACGCUGUUUUUGAGCAAAGCAAGCUCCUUCAGCAUACUACCACCAUCUACUUGCACCACGCAAUAGCUGAAUACGCUGAGGCUUUGGCAUCCAAAAUGCCCGGCAACCUCAAGGUGGUAUAUUUUGUCAAUUCAGGGAGUGAAGCGAAUGAGCUAGCAAUGAUGAUGGCUAGACUACACACCGGCAAUCUUAGCAUGAUUUCCUUGAGAAAUGCAUAUCACGGUGGAAGUGCUAAUACAAUUGGACUGACUGCACUUCGUACAUGGAAGUACCCUAUACCUGAGGGUGAAAUCCAUCAUGUGAUGAAUCCAGAUCCAUACCGAGGAAUAUUUGGAUCUGAUGGCGCUGCUUAUGCCAGAGAUGUGCAAGAACAUAUUGAUUAUGGAACUUCAGGAAAUGUUGCUGGAUUUAUAGCUGAAACUGUUCAGGGUGUUGGAGGGGCAGUCGAACUAGCCCCAGGAUAUUUGAAACAUGUCUAUGACAUUGUACACAAAGCUGGUGGUGUCUGCAUUGCUGAUGAAGUACAAUCUGGAUUUGGUCGCAUGGGAAGUCAUUACUGGGGUUUUGAGACUCAAGGUGUCAUUCCUGACAUAGUCACCAUGGCAAAGGGUAUUGGCAAUGGAUUACCAUUAGGAGCAGUGGUGACAACACCAGAAAUAGCCAGUGCUUUGACACAAAGAAUUCAGUUUAACACUUUUGGUGGGAACCCUGUAUGUUCUGCUGCUGGACUUGCAGUGCUCAAAGUUCUUGACAAGGAGAAGCGUCAAGUACAUUGUGCCAACGUUGGUGCUCAUCUGCUAGGGCGCUUAAGAUCUCUACAGCAAAGAUAUGACCUUAUUGGAGAUGUCAGGGGUAGGGGCUUAAUGAUUGGAGUAGAAUUUGUGACUGACAGAAAGGAAAAGACACCAGCCAAGGCUGAAACCAAUGUCUUAUUUGAGAAAAUGAGAGAACUUGGUGUUCUUGUUGGAAAAGGUGGAAUGCAUGCCAAUAUUUUCAGAAUAAAGCCACCUAUGUGUUUUAGCAAAGAUGAUGCAGAUUUUCUCGCUGAUGCUUUGGACCAUGCACUGACAAAGUUGUGAGUGAUAAAUCCAUCAGGAGCUAGAAAGGAUUAUGUGACUUCUCUAUCCUUCAGCAUCAAACUCAGCUCGACAAUUGGUUUCAAAUCCAUCAGGAGCCAUAAGGGAUUAUGUAACUUCUCUAUCCUUCAGCAUCAAACUCAGACUUAACAGUUGCUCUCAAUAAUCAAUAGUUUCUUUUUAAGUUUGGACUCGCUGUUGAGAUGAAAAAUUGUACAUUGAUGGUUCCCAAGAAUAACAUGUUUCUACAAACCUGGGUUGACAAAAAUGGUUAAGCUGCAUUUUCAGGAUGAUGCAUUUGUGCAAGGAAUUUGUAAAGGAAGUUUUAAACUGA